GCAGACAGCUCGUCUCCUGCCCGCCCUCCGGCCUGGCGUUAGCCCGCAGCGGCCAUGGGGGCGCGGCUGGGCCGGCGAGCAGAGCCGGAGGCGGGCGGAGAGUCCCCUACGGCGGCAGGCGGAGGGCCCGCGCCCUACAAGCGCCGAGUGCGCUGGCUGCGCGAGAUCCAGUCCACGCUCCGCGAGCGGCGGCCCGAGCGCGCCCGGCAGCUGCUGCGCCUCCUGCGCCAGGACCUGGGCCUCGAGGGGAACCUCCUCACUGACAUCCUCUACAGGAACGUGACUUUCCUGAAUCUGGUGGACCCCAUCUCGCAUGACCUGCUGGUGAACCUGGCCCGGGACCUGCAGUGCCCUAAGAAGGACCAUGAGCCCUGGAAAUCCUCAGAUAAAAUCUGUCGACAGCUCAUCUACCACCUCACCCCUCACUCCAAACGGCAGCCCCGCAGGAAAACCCAGAGCAGCCUCAAGAGCAGCCUUCAGAAGACUCUGCUGGCGGGGGAGACUGUGGACCUUUCUGGCAUCCCACUGUCAGCCCAAGAUGUGCAACACAUAACACGCUACCUGGUCAGUCAUGGAGCUGAGCUGGCAGUCUUAGACCUGAGCUUCACAGAUCUGAGCGAUGAGCUGUUGCACCUGCUGCUACCCAGCCUGUGGGCACUGCCCCGCCUCACCCAACUACUGCUCAAUGGCAACCGACUGACACAAGCUGCUGCCCGUGAGCUCACUGAGGCCAUCAAAGACACCACCAAAUUCCCUGUGCUGGCCUGGGUGGAUCUGGGCAAUAAUGUCGAUGUGGCCUCACUUCCCCAGCCCCUGCUGGUUGGUUUGCGUCGGCGACUGAGCCAGCAUACCUCACUCCCCACCAUCUAUGAGGGCCUGGACCUCGAGCCUGCAGGUAGCCUGGCUGGGCACACUGCUGCUUCAACCUGGGGCUCUGCAGCUGCUGACCCAGGGCCUGAUGCCCAGGCUUGCUGUGCCAGGUGACUUAGUUACUGGCCUGGCUCAUUGCUACUGACUGAGGAUGCUCUUAAGAACCAGGUCCAGGAGGUCCCAUGGAAAGCCAGUGAAAAUGCUCAAUUGGGAAUGAAGGGGGUGGAAGGAGAAGGGUUUCAUAGGAGACAAGACAGACAGUCCAGGCUAGAGGCUCCACCUUGCCCAGCAGGAGGGGCCCCAGCUUCCACAGCCCAGACCUUCCAGUAAAGGGUAGUACCCCUCACCUCAGCCUUUCUGCAUUGUAGACCUCAGACUCUCAGCCCUACUGCUGAGAUAGAGAAGCCCCAUCUGCCCAAGAGGGGUGGACCACAGUCAUGCUGACUUUCCCCUAGUAUUCCCUGGCAAGGCUCCAAUGGAGACUGAGAUGUAGGGAGUCAUGGGUUCAACUGUGUGGACUGGGGAGUUGGAAGAGGCCUGAUGUCUGGGCAGGAUUUAGGCUCUGUACAUGUGGGAGCUGCAGGGGAGCAGGUAGGGAGCUGGAGACAGGCAGAGCUCUGCAUGGAGCCCCACAGCAAGUACAAUCAGGGCCCUUCAGUGUGCUUUGAGCUGGGCACAAGGCUUCACUGACCAGAGCCAAGGCCACAGUAGACCUGAGUGGGUUGAAUGGAUACUUGUCUCCUAAGUAUCCCCAGGCCCAUCCCCUAGGCCUCUUGUAUUGGGGGGUAUGCGACUCAGCAGGGUGAGGAGAUGCAUUUGGCUGUGUGUUUCCUCCAGUCCUGGAGUCACACACAACAUGCAAGGAGUGGAGGUAGGCCCAGCCAGCAGCAGGAGUCCUCAGGGCAGAACAGUCCUAAGGAUACCUCUACAUAAGGUACUGUCUUCCUUCUGCUCCAAAUCCCUUAAGGUGGGCUCCCAAGUAGAAACCUAUGUCUGGUCACCUUUAUUGCCUCACAUAUGGAAGUAGAGGUUAGCUCAAUCAGCAGACAGGCACAGCAAGUGAGGAAGGCAGCCCAGAGUGGGAAAGCCAGUGGUCUAAGGCCCCUGUGCAGAGCCAGGACAAAUGGGCCUGGUGGCUGUGGUGAGAUCUAGUAAGAGGGCAGCCCCAUGGUCAAGAAGAAAGCUGAGGUGACUUUGGAUCCUUUUACCCCUGGCCCCCAAGUUCUGACUUCUCCCCAUGCCCCACCUCUGUCUCCAAGUAGACUAUGAGCAGUACAUCCAGCCUCCAUGAAACAUAGAUUCCAGCACAUCCCCAGACAAGCAGGAUGCAUAAGAGCCUCCCAGGAUACUAGGGUGACCAAGAAGGGAAAAGACAGGGUCACUGUCAUGUCUUAGGAAUGGAAAGCAGUGAUGAGGAAAGGGAUCUUCCCUCAAGCUCCACUGCUUGUCAGGAGGCAGUGAAAGAGCACAGGUCCAGCUGGCUGUACUCACCACUGGCUGGGGGACCUGGCCAGGCCGGUCUGUUUCUUAGCCUUGGACCUCAGCUUUCUCCUCACUGCUAAACAGAACAUACUGUCUCUAACCCUUCUGCUCUCAGCGCUUCAUCCUGAAGCUCUAACCACAUCUGCCUCCUCUGUUUAAAGACAUGGCCUGGAGCCAUGAAAGCUUUCCUGUGCCCCAUCUAGUACAGGGGUUUGUGCUUCCUGGAGCCCCAUAAAGUAGGGUGGAAUAUGGGCCAGCAGAGAGAAGGAAGGGAGGACCAGCCUUGGCCUAGCAACCUGAUAAACCCUUUACACGCGCAAGCAGCUGAGUUCUCCCUGUAAUUCCUCAUUGGACAAAAUCCAAGCUCUGCGUCUCUCCUGCCCUCCUCGCUCCCUGCCCACAUUUGGCCUCAAGCCAGCCCACAAACCUUUGGAUGUCACUGUGCAGAGAUGCUGCUAGGAUAAUGACCGAGGACCAGAGCCAAGUGUCCCUGGCGGGUUCCUGAAGAAUCCAGGUGGCAUGUGACGCAGCAGCUGAGCCACAGUCUGAGGCAGCUGAGGAGAUGUGGCCUUGCUGCUGUCCAAGUGUCCCUGGCCCUUCACGAAGCUAUCAUGACCACCAGCAAGGAGACUCUGUGGGCAGGGACAGAGAGCACCAGAAGUGAGGGAUGUGCUUUGUCUUAAUCUGUUUUGUACUUCUAUAACAGAAUACCAUAGCCUGGGCAAUUUAUAAACAACAGAAGUUUAUUUGACGCAUGGUUCAGAAGUCUGGGAAGUCAGAUGGAAGGACUACAUCUGGUGAGGGCUUUCUUGCUGUGUCAUUGUAUGACAGAAGCAUCACAUGGCCAGAGAGCACAUGAGGGGGCCCACUGUGGCAAUAAGCACUUCUGUUCAUGAGCACAGAGUCCUGACCAAAUCGUCUCCUAAAGCAUAUCUCAAGCCUGUGGGUUUCAACACAUGCACUUUGAAGGAUGAAUUUGAAGCAUAUUAUGCCUCAUACAGCCUGGUGGGGCAGAGGACACUGGCCAGGAAAGUUCUGGUCAGGAGUGUGCCCACCAGAGCUGCAGACCGAGGAGGAGGAGGCAUGUGGGCCUUACCCAGGCCAGUCUUGGAGGCAGACAAACCCAUCCUGGUCUUCUCCCUCCUUCUGGGAACUAGGUACAAAAACUGUCCUUAUCCUGCUGAAGUGAGGAUGAGAUAAGGUUUGGAAAGGGCCUACCAUAUGAGGUACACAGGCAGGCACACUACAAUAUCAUUUGGGGCCAUCACCCAGGCUCUCUGUGUAGUAAUGUUUGGAAGGAGCUAGGCAGUAUGAAAGUAUUUGUUUAUUAUUU